CAUAAUUCACACCCAUUAAUCAUUACCAGUCGGAGAGUGAGAGAUUAAAAAUGAAGUCCAUCCCCUCAAAAAUGGUCAAGCUUCUAAUACUAGCACUAGUAGGAUCAUCAUGUCUUUCAGUCCUUUGUGCUGCAGAAGAUUUUGAUUUCUUCUACUUUGUUCAGCAGUGGCCAGGAUCAUUCUGUGAUACACAGAAAAGUUGCUGCUAUCCAACCACAGGGAAGCCUGCAGCAGAUUUUGGGAUUCAUGGGCUCUGGCCAAAUUACAAGGAUGGUUCAUACCCCUCAAACUGUGAUCCAAACAACCCCUUUGAUCAAUCUCAGGUUUCAGAUUUAAUUAGCAGUAUGCAAGAAGAAUGGCCAACACUAGCAUGCCCUAGCAGCAGCGGGAUUGCGUUCUGGACACACGAGUGGGAAAAACAUGGAACCUGCUCCGAGUCUGCCAUUAACCAACAUAGUUACUUUGCAGCAGGUCUUGACCUCAAGAAGAAGGCCAACCUCCUCCAAGCUCUUCAAAGUGCAGGUAUUAAACCCAACGGCGAGUCUUAUACCCUGGCGGACAUCAAGGGGGCACUGAAAGAUGCAAUUGGGUACACUCCAUAUAUCGAGUGCAACGUUGAUCAGUCCGGCAACAGCCAACUUUACCAGGUCUACUUGUGCGUGGACACUAAUGGCUCUGACCUCAUUGAGUGCCCAGUUUUUCCCCAUGGGAAAUGUGGUUCAAGCAUCGAGUUUCCUACCUUCUAGAGUAUUCGAUCUUAUAAAUAUAAUGUAGAUCGAGAGAUCCAUCGAUGAUGACUUGAAGCAUUCAAGUAUUUGUUAACUACUUUCAUGUUUCAUAAUUCACUGAUUGUGAGCAAUUUCAAGUACUGUACGCUUUCCUGUUGUGGUCAUAAGUGAUAACCAUUUGGUGCUAUAGUCUCUA